UACAUUCGGAGAAUCUCGACCGUUGUCGUGCUCCAUUCCGAACAUUCUAUAUCCGCGAACGAACAUGCCCGAGCUUUUCCGAAUGAUAGUUACAGAGCAGUAGUUAGCAACGAAGGUGUUGCUUUUGCGUGUUUUUAUUUUGCAUUUCAAACAUUCCCCCAAAAUGCCAACGGAAAAUCAGCAGGACUACUGGAUAGCAGAAAGCAUUAAAGAUGUUCCUCUGGAAGACCGAUUUUUGUUAGGAACAGAGUUGGGCAGAGGUGCUACAUCAUGUGUGUACAAGUGCGAAGAAAGAGGGACAGAGAAACCAUGGGCUGUAAAAAUCAUCAACAAAACAGUGGACAAAAAGGUUGUGAGAACUGAAAUUGGAAUCUUGCUCAAACUGUCACAUCCCAAUGUUAUUCGACUGAAGGAAAUCUUUGAGACGCCUAAAGACAUUGCUCUAGUGCUUGAACUGGUCACGGGUGGAGAGCUAUUUGACAGAAUUGUCGACAGAGGAGUCUACUCGGAAAAAGAUGCAGCUCAAGCUGUAAAUCACAUGCUUACAGCAGUUGCCUAUCUCCAUGACAACGAUGUUGUGCAUAGAGAUUUGAAGCCAGAAAAUUUAUUGUAUGAAAACCUGUCGGAUGAAUCUAACUUGAAAGUUGCUGACUUUGGUUUGUCGAAGAUGAUGGGUCCUGAAGUACAACUUCACACUGUGUGUGGCACUCCCGGCUAUUGUGCACCAGAAGUGUUACUGGGGAAAAAGUACGACAAGUCAGUAGAUCUUUGGAGCAUUGGAGUAAUAGCAUAUAUAUUACUCUGUGGGUAUGAACCAUUUUCAGCGGAGGACGAUAGGGAAAUGUAUAAGAACGUUAUCAAGGGAAAAUAUACAUUUGAUGAAAUCUACUGGGACGAUAUCUCCAAGAAUGCCAAGGAUCUGGUUAAAAGGUUGCUGACACUGGACCCAAAGAAGCGGAUCACGGCCAAGUCGGCCCUGCAGCAUCCGUGGGUGAAGGGCAAGGCUGCGAGCAGCGACCACCUGGAAAGCACCUAUGAAAAGAUCAAAGAAUUCAACGCCAAGAGAAAGCUUAAGACUGCAACCGAAGCUGUGCGAGCUCUUGCCAAGGCCACUCACAACAUCCACAGUCAGCUGGGCAAACUGAUGAAUCCUGAACCAGAAGCUGCACCAACCCCACCUGUCAACCCAGCAGACGUCAAGGCAGAAGCUUAAGAGUCUAUUGCUUCAUCCAUUCUUUUUCUCAAAACAAUAUUUAUUCAAUAAAUACAAUGGAUUGUGUGAAAACAGGCCCAUGUGCAGGGGACGGGUUGGGAUGUUGAAACCCCUCCCUGCUCAAGCAAAUUUUCUUUGUUUUCAAUAUGUUUUCAGGGGGAAAGCAUGACUUGACCCCCACUAUAAACUUUGGUCGCCACUGUUAGACCUUCCCCCUGCUACAAUGCUCCUGUUAUGUACUUCAUUCAGGAAUUCGCACAGUUAUUGUGUACAAAGGUUUCAGUUUCAUUCAAUUUGUAGUUUUGUAUGAAGAAGUUGUUAACAUUCACACAUGGACGUUAAUUACAAAAUCUAAUGUGUGCAGAGCUUUUCAUUGACAUUCAUUGACACUGAACUUGGAAGUGAUUGGGUAUAAUAAUUACAUGUACUUCAUUCACAUUCAUAUCAGCAACUGACAAUGUCCAGUGUGUACAAAAAGCUAUCGAUCACUUUCUAUACAAAUGUUUUCACUGAUUUUAUAUACAAUGUACUUGCAGAUUAGUAAGUUAGAAUAUAAUGUGUACAACAUUCUUUAUUCACAGAUCAAUAACUUAUGGCAAUUUAAUGUUAAGAAACACUUUUAUUUCUACUGCAUAUAUUUAAAAAAAAAACCCAACCUGUUGAAGAAUGCUACAGUAACUGUUUUCGAGAGGGUGUGCAGUCAGUUUUAAUGUUUUAAGAGUUAUAUCAUGAAUCUUUAUAAACAUACAGGUACAUGCCACUUUGUUGGAAUCAGUUUGACACAGGCUUUACGGUCCUGUUAUCAAUUAUGAUUUUAAUUUGUAAUAUUAAAUUUGAAAAAGAAAAGAAAAAAGAAAGAAAGAAAGAAAAACAGACAAAAAACAACAGAAAUAUUGUUUAUCCUGUCCUGAUAAAUGUGUUUUCCUUGCAAUCACCAUUAGAAAUAUACAUUAUGUACAAAGAAAGCAGAAAGUAUGUUAUGUAAUAUGUCAUAUUUAUACAUGAAUUGUUAUAUAAUACACACAAUUUUUAAUGGAUAUUUAUGAUGGAAACAUUUUUCAGAAGUACUUUUUUGCAGAGAUGUUUCAAUUUUCUACACCAAAAAAAAAAAAAUCCAACCCAAAAACAAAAACGUUUUUGAAAUUCUCUACUUGCAAAUGUAUAUGUCAAACUGGCCAGCUCCAAGCCAGAUAAACAAUGAUGUAAAUGAAAGCUGACAUCCAGUGAAAAUCAACAGGUACGAAGUCAGGAUUUUCAUUCAAACAUUUCACAGUACUAGGAAGCUGUUUAGAGGUAAUUCACAGUUAUUUACAUUUUUUUCACAAGCAUUCAAAGCUUGCUUCCUUUUUUUUGUUAUCUUUUUUUUAAAAUAACUUUUGUUGCCUUAGAGAAAUUUGGUAAUGUCAGGGAUGGAGCAUUGGCAUUGUUCACACACAGGAGGAGGGUUCUUUUUAAAAAAAAAAAAUGAAUGCGUCGAUGUGUAUGGCCAAUGCGAGCAUGACACAAAACCACAUGCAUUCAUCAUUCCUGCACAGGAACUGCCACACCCAUACACACAUACUCAUGCACACACUCACACACAUACAUACACACACAUGCACAUACACGCACACAUUCAUGCACACACACAUGCAUACACAUGCACAUACACACACACACACACACACGCACACAUACAAACACACACUUGUUUCUUAGGAGUUUUAAAAUUACGACAACAACCAUAACAGUGACAACAAUAACAGUCACAAUAAUUUAAGAACAACAACGGCAAUAACAAGAGCAACAACACAUUUUAUUUAUGGUUAUAUGGCGUCGGACAUAUGGUUAAGGACCACACAUAUAUUGAGAGAGGAAACCCGCUGUCGCCACUUAACAGACUACUCUUUUCG